AUGGCUCUUCCAAGCUGCGACGACGAUCCCAAGCCUCUGCGCAAAAGCGAAAUCCCCAAUCACGAUGCCAUUUCUGAGGCAAAACGAGCGACUGAAGCUGAACAUAAUAUGAGUUUACUUCAGGCUUUGAAGAGUUAUCCUCACGCUGUUGGGUGGUCGAUUCUCUUCUCCACUUCAUUGGUCAUAGAAGGAUAUGACAAUGCACUCCUAGCUACACUGUAUGCAUAUGGUCCAUUUCAAUCUCCCUUUGGCAUCGAGCAGCCGGACGGAAGUUACCAAAUAACAUCGGCAUGGCAAUCGGGAUUGAUGAACGGAUGUCUUGUCGGUCAGAUUUUGGGCCUUUUCGCUACUGGUAUGAUUGUCGAACGCUUCGGCUAUCGCAAGAGCAUCAUUGCCGCUAUGCUGGUAUGUAUUGCCUUCAUCUUUAUUAUCAUUUUUACCAAAAGUCUUCCGGUUCUUUUGGUGGGAGAGAUUUUGAUCGGCAUUCCAUGGGGUGUUUUCCCGACCACGACUACCACCUACGCUUCGGAGGUUUGCCCGGUUAUUUUGAGACCAUAUUUGACAACUUAUGUUAACCUAUGCUGGGUCAUGGGCCAAUUAAUUGCAGCGGGUUUACUCAAAGGCAUGCAAGGUCCCUCUGACGAAUGGGGCUACAAGAUUCCAUUCGCUAUUCAAUGGAUUUGGCCUGUUCCCAUCAUCAUCGGUGUAGCUCUAGCACCUGAAUCUUCGUGGUGGCUUAUUCGAAAAGACCGCUCUGAAGAAGCACGCAAUGCCCUCUUCCGUUUGACCGUUCCAGAGAAAGACCCCAACUUCAACAUCGACGAUACAAUGGCUAUGAUUCGAAGUACCAAUGAUCUUGAGAAGAAAAUUAGCACUGGUACAUUUUAA